CGAUAACCCAAAAGCAUAGAGAAGCUUCUCUCUAUGAUCAUCAACGUAUCUUUUUUCCACUGUUGAAUCCUGAUUCUUCUUCAAUCGCAGCUUCUACCUCUCUCCCUUUGUCUCUCUUCAUUCCUUAUUCUUUCCCAUUUUCCUGUUUUCUGAGAAUAACUAACCUUGACUUCAUGUCGGUACCCGAACAAGACUACGUAAGCUUAUCAGAGGCUCCGUCUCCAUCAAUGGAAAGCUCAGACAAGUUUUCUCAGAGAAGAAACGGCUUGAAUUUCAAGGCAACUGAACUAAGGCUCGGGUUGCCCGGGUCGGAGUCACCCGAGAGCGACUGGGAUUCGGGGGAUAAGAAUGAGUAUCCGUUAGGCAUACUCAAGAGUCUUGUGUCUGGGGCAAAGAGGGGCUUCUCAGACGCCAUUGAUAGCGGUUCUGGGAAGUGGGUUCUCUCUGGAAAAGGUGGUUCUGAUAUGGUUUUGGGUAAAGAUUGUGGCUUGUUCUCUCCCAGAGGUGCUCACACUGGGAAGACCCCUGUCGGGUCUGAUUCCGGCAACCAUCAAACGGGUUUGGGUCCCUCCGUUGUGAAAGAUAGUAUUCCUCAGCCCACAAAGCCUUUGCAUGAGAAAAAGCCCCAGUUUCCAGCUCCUGCUGCUAAAGCACAGGUUGUGGGAUGGCCACCAAUCCGAUCUUUUCGGAAGAACUCGAUGGCUUCUCAGCCUCUAAAGAAUGGUGGUGAUGCAGAAUCAGGCAAGAAUGGAUGUCUUUAUGUAAAAGUGAGCAUGGAUGGUGCUCCAUACUUGAGGAAGGUAGAUCUCAACAACUUUGGCUCUUACAAGGAACUUUCUUCUGCUCUGGAAAAGAUGUUCAGUGGCUUUACAAUGAGUCAAUGCAGCUCUCACGGGGUUUCGGGCCGGGACAAUAUGAGUGAGAGUAGGUUGAUGGAUCUGCUUAAUGGUUCAGAACAUGUGCUCACAUAUGAAGACAAGGAUGGUGAUUGGAUGCUAGUUGGUGAUGUUCCUUGGGGGAUGUUCACUGAAUCUUGCAAGAGGAUGAGGAUAAUGAAGAGUUCUGAAGCCAUUGGGUUAGCACCAAGAGCGAUGGAGAAGUGCAAAAGUCGGAAUUAGGGGAAUGAAAAGUCAGAUAGAUUGAAGCAUAUCAUCAUAAUAUAUAAGAGGUGGGUUUAGUGCAAGUGCUGGAACUGGAAGAGAUUAAAAUGGUUAAGAUGAGCCUUGUCUGUGUUAUAUGUAUAAUUUGACGAGAGAUUUGAGUGCUUCAAACAUAUUUUUAUUAAUAGUUGUUGUAGAUGGUUUAAGGUUUCUUGGUUUGUGGUAACCUCUUCAUUUUAAUUCAUGUUGUUGCUGAGUUAUUCAGGUUAAGGCUAUGUUGCUUUGAAAAAUUUUGUAUCUUUUUCCUAAUCUCCCUCCCUCCGUCCCUCCCUCUCUCUCACACACAAGGUUGAUGUAAGACCAACAGGUCGGAUCUAGCAUAAUAAUUCCUCAUAAUGUGAUAAAUUAAUAUUCAAAUCUUUAUU